CCCCUUUCAAAAAAAAAAAAAAAAAUCUCCUCCACGUUCUAUUGGAAUUCUAAAAGGAACCCCGGCAAGGGGGGGUGGGGAGAAGGGGCAAUAAACUGAAAGCAUUAAAAAACAGGAAUCCAGUCAGCAGAGACAGUUUUACCAUGAGAUUGCAAUACACCUCUUCUUCUCCGUCUUCCUCCUCAACCUCUCUGGCUGCUGGUCUGUCUCCCUGCUUGCUGCCUGGUCCAGGCUCUGCUCUCACAGGUAGUGGCUGCUCCUGCUGCUGGGGUUGUUGUUAUGGUGCCCUGUUGUUUUUCCUGUGGACCUCGGCUGCGGUGACUGCCUCCUCUUCUUCUUCCUCGUCUUCUUCUGCUGGAGGUCCAGGAGCAGGUGGUGGUGGUGGUGCUGCUGCAGUGACCGGCGCUCCUGGUGGCUCUGGUGGGGGCUCUGGUGCUGCAGCGGCUACAGCAGCUUCUCCUUCUCCCCCAGCUCCUCCUCUCCCUGCUGCAGUGGUGGCUGGAGGGGCGCUGCUGGCUGCUCUGGCGGCAGGUGCCGGUGGUGGAGUUGGAGUGGUCCCUUCUGGUGCAGCCGGUGGACCUGUCUGUUAUUUCUCCCCUACUGUGGGCUCGGUGCAAGAGCUGGCUCAACGCUCCAGGGUGGUGAUUGAGGGCAAAGUGCAGCAGCAACAGCAUCAUCAACAAGGUGGGUCUGGGGCAGAGGGUGGCAGGAGGAAAUUGGCAGAGGAAGGAGAGAGAGGUGGGGACCUUGUUACCUCUGGCAGGAGAAAAGGACAGGUGGUCAGAGAUCAGGUGUAUGGAGAGGAAGACAGGGAGCAGACAGUGCCAGGGGUGAGCAUUGCACCCAGAGAAGACCCUGUGACUGUUACCCAGUGGAUAGCACCUUCUUCAUCCAUUCUUACCACCACAGCUUCCACCAUCAUCAUUAGUGGCUUCUCAGACUUGGUCCCUCUGCCCAGUGCAGCUGCAUCUCCUGCCCCUGCCGGCAGCAGCCUAGAGUCUUACCUGGUGAAGGUCCAUCAGGUGUGGGCAGUGAAAAGUGGUGGUUUGGAGAAGGACUCAGUUAUUACACUGCUGGGGGAUUUCGGAUCCAGCUGUGUCAAGUUGAAGCAAGACAGCAGGUACCUCUUCUUCAUGGACCCAACCAACACCACUUCUGUCUUCAGGGCUUCUUUCCCACCCCUGGAGUCUGGCAGGAAGCUGAAGAAGGAUGUUGGCAAGGUGCUCUGCAGGGGAUGUGGUAAGUUACCCUGUCUGGUUUCUUACAAAUAGAAUGCUUGUUGGGAAACACAAUAUUCCUUAUGGAAUGUUGACUAAGUGGUGGCUUGUUUGGACCUCACAUUCAAUUGAUUGUUACAUUUCAAAAUGCUGCAUUGACAGGGAACUUCACUGAUAAGUUUUUGCUUGUUCUCUUUGGACAGUGUCAUUUAAACAUGUUGAUAUGACUUCUCAAUUAUUGUUACUUGAAUGGUAGCCUCUACAUUUGUUAACUCUUGCCCUAUCAGUGUGGGCAAUGGUGGUAAUUUUUUCUGUGAGUGUUUUUAGAAAUCUAAGGAGUUCUAGAAGCAUGCAUUGUGAUAUGUUAGAGGUUUUGGGAUAUAUUUGUGAUUUAACGGAGGAUCCCAUUGAAGAGAUGACAUACAGGACUUAGUUCCUAUGAUAUUUGCAGGAAAUGUUAUGAUGUAUUUUUAUAUAUUUAUUUAAUAUUACGCUAUACUGCAUGUAUAUCAAAAAUGCAGUUAGGCCCUGAUUAUUAUGGCAUCACAAAUAGUUUAAAAGUAACCAAAAAAAGCAGAUUCAUUGUAAUGGUUACCAUAUUGUUAGAAUUUUAUAAUAAUAUAAUAAUUCGUAAUGCUAAAAAAAAGAGUGAUAAUGGAAACUUUGCAAAUCAAUGUCCCCUACUGUGUAGUUACUGCCUGGAAAAUCAUUAAUAGUUUAUUAUUUAUUAUUCUCCGUGGCUUUAAAAUAAAAUAUGUAUAUGGCUAUAGUGUAAGAUCAUGUGUUUAGGAACAUGACAAUUGCUAUAAGUAAAUACAAGUGUGUAUGGUGUUAUUUUUUGUAAAUACUUUGCACAACCAUCACCACCAUGUCUACUUUGAUUACUGACUGGUGCGACGUUUGCAUGCGUGGAACAUUUUUCAAUCUGUUUAUCCAAAUUGCAGCCAGCACCGCGAAAUCUGUUGCAUUCUGAAUUCUAUUUUGUCUGGCUGAUUUUAUGUGUUAUGUAGCUAAUGAAAUGAGCAAAGUGUUUUCAAGCAAAAUAUUUGAUAAAUAAAUAAAUAUAUCUGUUUCAUACAUGCAGCUUGGAAUGUACCAAUUCCCAGUAGACAAAACAGACAGCAAAGGAGAGUACACAUAAAUAUGUACAUUCAAUAUGAUCCAUUAGAUAUCUGUGUGCACCAAAUUCAGAUUCUGCAUUCUUGCACCAGAUUCAAGAUUGUCCAAUAGGCUGCUGGGAGCUGUUCAGCUAGUGAGGUGCUGAAGUGUCAGAAUGAGUUGGGAAUUCCCAGUUCUACUUGAUAGAUGUCAGUGUAAAACAUGGAGAAUACCCCUUCUGGGAUAUGUCUUAAUAGCUAAUAUAAAACUGACGUUGCUAUAGAGCGUACCACUUUUAUUUAUUACAUAGAUGAAUAUACAUUAUGGUUUAUUUUCCUUUUUUUAAUCUUUAGAAAACGUAAAUGGGAAUUCCUUGCUUUGUAGCCGUGUGGCAGACAGCAAUCAUCAUUGUUGGAACUCAUGCAGCAAUUUAACCUUCUGUGUAACAGAAGAAUGUGAAAUAAAUUGCUAAUUAUUCUGGCGCUUCAGUGAAAUAUGUAUUCUAGAUUCCCAUCAAUGUGUAAAUUCAGGGCUUGGCUUUAUAUCUGUUGUGUUAACAGUAUAAUGCAGCAUACAGGUUUAACUACUAACAUGUUUUGUGUUUAUUUAUUUUUUUGUGUUUUGUGAUUCUGACGAUUGCUAUGUUGAUUUCCAGUUAACCUCUACAAAUUUAUGGGGGGGGGGGGUUCAAAGGAAUGUGUAUGCUUAAUCAGAAUAGUAAUAUCUCAGCGUGAUGUCUUGCUUUUUUUAAAUUUUGUAUUAGAAUUUCAAGUCUUGUUCUUUGUUUAUUAUUUUAUUUUUUAUUGAAUUAUUUAAUUUUGUUUUUCAGUUAUUCGAAUAAUGUAA